GACUUAUUUAUUCAACGGUGUGUUACUGUUCAGUAUGUAAAAAGCUGUAAAAUACUCAGAGAAUUAACAACCAGAAACCAUGAGAAGUGUGCUGUUUUGGUGUGGUAUUCAUGUGGUUGUCACUUCGCUUCUCUUUGUCACAGUAAACACCGAAAACAUCAAGAAAAUAUUCCAAAUAAGUGCUCAAGAAGAAGCUCUCGUUGGUCAUGUGAUCCAGUCUGCUGAAACCUCCAGUGACAUCGAUUGUUUUAUGGAUUGUUCCAGAGAACAGCGUUGUUUGUCAUUUAACUAUAAAAGUAACAGAGGUGAUGGGAUACCUGUGUGUGAGCUAAACAACCAGACACGGCAGUCUAGGCCCGACUCUGUUGUACCAAUGCACGGCUACUACUACUAUGGUCCAGAGUCUUCCUGUACGUCUGAUUUGUGUUUGAAUGGAGGAACAUGUCGGCCAGUUAUUGAUGAUCCACACCAAAGAUACCAGUGUCAAUGUUUACCGGACUUUACUGGACAACGUUGUCAAGACUACAUAGCAGACUUCGAUAUCGACUUUCCCAGACAAAGUGCAUCUGAUUAUGUUUUGUUGGCCAAAAUGCCGCAUCAACUGACAAGUUUCACAGUCAGUCUGUUCGUCAAUCUCACUAAAGAUGUUGAUCACUCGUUCGUUUCAUACGCAACCCAAACUCACCAGAACGCUAUGUUUGUGCACCAGCGAAACUCGAAACUUGGACUGUGGGUUAAUAACAUUGAAAGACAGUUCAGUCCUUACAAGAUCGAUGCUGACGGAGCCUGGCACCACCUAGCCAUGACAUGGACAAACGUCCGAGGACAAAUUACAGUCUACAUUGAUGGCAUCCCUAAAGUAACGGUACUCAAUGUAGCAACAAACAACGUAAUCCAAGCUAACGGUAUAGUUGCCAUUGGUAACGAUCAGGAUUCAUACGGCGGUGGUUUUGUAGCUAAAGAUGCUCUUUGUGGCUCAAUCUCCCGUGUUAAUAUCUGGAACACGGUGUUACCACGUGAUGUCAUCACAUCGUUMGCUGGUAAAUGUGGGAAUGAAGCUGGUACGGCUGUUGCUUGGAAAGAUUUCAAGAAAGGUGUAGCUGGGAUGUCGUAUCACGGUGAAACAAAAUCCAUUGUACCUUCAGCAUGUAAAUACCCGUGAUAUCAAUUGGUGUUGAUGCUCAGAGCCUUACAUUAUUGCAUGCAAAAUCGAUUAGGAUGACUCUGAAUUAUAUUUCUAAUGCUAAUAUUUUAAACUUGAUAUUUCAAUAUUGGCUACUCAAGUUCAUAAAAGUACUACCAUGGGUUUAAAACUACGGUAUUAGGUAAUUAAUAUAGAUUAGUUUUCACACAGGGGUGGAAAAACACACCAAAUAUUGGUACAUCUCRUUCAUAAGAUCGUUUGGAAGACAUUUUUAACUUAUAGAAAUGAAAUAUAUGCUCAU